AUGGGAUCCUCCCGGUGGAAGGUGGCAGCGGUGGCGUUUCUCGCGCUGGUGGGCUCGCUCUCACCUGCCGCCGCAGACGAACACGACCACACGUACACAGAUAAGGAGGAGGUAGUUUUAUGGAUGAACACGGUGGGGCCUUACCACAAUCGACAGGAGACAUACAAGUAUUUCUCGUUGCCCUUCUGCGCGGGAUCCAAGAAGACCAUCAGUCACUACCAUGAAACCCUGGGAGAAGCUCUGCAGGGUGUGGAGCUGGAAUUCAGUGGCUUAGACAUAAGGUUCAAAGACGAAGUCAUGCAGACAACAUACUGUGAAAUUGAUCUGGACAAGGCCAAGAGGGAUGCCUUUGUGUAUGCCAUAAAGAAUCACUACUGGUACCAAAUGUACAUAGACGACCUGCCCAUCUGGGGAAUUGUUGGCGAGGCAGACGAAAACGGAGAGGAUCACUACCUGUGGACGUAUAAGAAGCUGGAGAUCGGCUUCAACGGCAACAGAAUCGUAGAUGUGAAUCUCACCAGCGAAGGGAAAGUCAGACUCGUGCCAAACACGAGAAUCUCGAUGUCUUACUCUGUCAAGUGGAAGAAGUCGGAUGUGAAGUUCGAGGACAGAUUUGACAAGUACCUGGAUCCGUCCUUCUUCCAGCACAGGAUCCACUGGUUCUCCAUCUUCAACUCCUUCAUGAUGGUCAUUUUCCUGGUGGGCCUGGUGUCCAUGAUUCUCAUGAGAACGCUAAGAAAGGAUUACGCCAGAUACAGCAAAGAGGAGGAGAUGGAUGACAUGGACAGGGACCUCGGAGACGAAUACGGGUGGAAGCAGGUGCACGGGGAUGUCUUCAGGCCAUCGAGCCACCCGCUGAUCUUCUCCUCGCUCAUCGGCUCCGGCUGCCAGAUCUUCUCCGUCUCCCUCAUCGUCAUCAUUGUCGCCAUGGUGGAGGACCUGUACACCGAGAGAGGAUCCAUGCUGAGCACGGCCAUUUUUGUGUAUGCUGCAACUUCGCCCGUUAAUGGCUACUUCGGGGGGAGUUUGUAUGCAAAGCAAGGAGGCAGGAGAUGGAUUAAGCAAAUGUUCAUCGGGGCCUUUAUGAUCCCGGCCAUGGUGUGCGGGACGGCCUUCUUCAUCAACUUUAUUGCGAUCUACUACCACGCCUCCAGAGCCAUCCCCUUCGGCACCAUGGUCGCCGUCUGCUGCAUCUGCUUCUUCGUCAUCCUGCCGCUGAACCUGGUGGGAACCAUCCUGGGGAGGAAUCUGUCCGGCCAGCCCAACUUCCCCUGCCGAGUGAACGCCGUGCCGCGGCCCAUCCCGGAGAAGAAGUGGUUUAUGGAGCCGGCUGUCAUCGUCUGCCUCGGAGGGAUCCUUCCAUUCGGUUCCAUUUUCAUAGAAAUGUACUUCAUCUUCACGUCGUUCUGGGCCUACAAGAUCUACUAUGUGUACGGCUUCAUGAUGCUGGUCCUGGUCAUCCUGUGCAUCGUGACGGUGUGCGUCACCAUCGUGUGCACGUACUUCCUGCUCAACGCCGAGGACUACAGAUGGCAGUGGACCAGCUUCCUGUCUGCUGCUUCCACUGCGGUUUAUGUUUACAUGUACUCUUUUUACUACUACUUCUUCAAGACUAAGAUGUACGGACUUUUCCAGACAUCUUUCUACUUUGGCUACAUGGCUGUGUUCAGCACUGCUCUAGGAAUCAUGUGUGGUGCCGUCGGAUACAUGGGAACAAGUGCCUUUGUGAGGAAGAUCUACACAAAUGUGAAAAUUGACUAGGAGCGAGCCAAACAGGGAUGUUCAAUGGAUUUGCCUACGUGUACCCUGAGAGACGACGGGCACAAGUCAUUCUUUAUUAUAACUUUUCUUUCUUGCAAAGAGAUUGAGAGAAAUCUCGCUUUGUACUAUUGUAGUUUUUUUUUUUUUCCAUUUUUUUUCUGAAUGAAUUUCGACGCCGCAGCUCAAAGCCAACAGGAGGAAGUCUGCGGGAGAGAUCUCACUCACCGGGUUCUGUUUUUAUCGGUUGCUUUCGAAACAAAACGUCGGGGCGAAAAUAUGUAAGGCUGACAUGGCAUCUCCUUCUCCAACCAACCCAAUCCCACCUGAGACCAGAGAACUUCAGUGUUCAUGGAUGGAAUCGUGUAGCUCUCUUCAGUGAAGAGGCCUAAAGCGUGGUGAAAGCCUUGGUUCUGUUCUGUCAGGAUAUUGGAGAGUUGUGGUCCGUGUCCGUGUUCUGAUUUCUAUUUUGUAUUCUCGGAGUUACUCGAUUUGUUGUCGCCACACAGCACAGUAGUUUCUCAGUUCACUCCCACCGGAAGAAGAAGAAGAAAGAA